AUGAUAAUUUCGGUUUCGUUGUACAGAGCUUCGGAUGGGCUGCCGAUUGCUGCUUCGACUGAGUACAGUCAGGAUAAAGCUUUGAUCGACUGUAAGCGACUGACAAAGGGUGUUUCAACCCGAUUGCGAGAAUUCAAGAACACCUGCACCGCCCACAAUCGAGGCUACAACCUCUGCUGGCAAGUCGAUGGCGAGAUCGCAGUGGUUGUUUUGAUCGAUUCUAGAACCAGUCAGACGGAGGCCUUUUGUUUUCUCAAGCUCGUCAUUGACAGCUUUUCUUCCCAUUAUGAGCCGAACAAAGUCAUCGCCGCCCAGAGACCAUUUGCCUUCAUCGAUUUUGAUGCAGUCGUCGAAAGUCUACGAAGAAAAUUCAACAAGGCGGUGCUCCAGUUUUCCAAUGAAGAACUCAAGCAGUCCGAGUCGUUUCUUUCGCAAAACAAGCCGCAAAUUAUUCAGCCGAAAGAAAUCAAACUCGAAAUGGGCAAAAAACGGGGCACUGAACUUCUUCAAUCAAAAUUUCAACAGUCAAGAACUGCCUCCAGUUGUAUCGUCCGUUUACCGCCGCCAACAGUACAUGAUGUCUUCGCGAUGAUUUCAGCCCUUGUUGCUGGAGCGUUGAGCUUCGCCCGUGGACAUCAAAUAGCGACGCAUCAGUGGAAGAGAUGGAACUUAGAGCGACACACAGACGCCGAAGAGCAUCUCCACAUUUUGACCUUCAAAGGCACUCUUGUACUGUGUCUUAUUCAGGUGUGGUUGAUGAUCUUCUGGUUCUCCUACCGCCGUCUCUUUAAUUUUUUCAUCUUCGUACUUCUGAUGCUCUGCUGCGCGAUCGAGUUCGACAACCGGCACUGGUCGGCCAACGGAAUGUUCAUUUUAUCUCAUAUUUAUGCUACGGUCAAGAUCCACUUCCGCAAUUCCGACAAGCGCAAAUCAACUUGA